GUCGCUUGUAGCGCUGAUUCAGUGUAUCAUCUUUGGAGCGGAUUUCGUUUUUUUUAUUCAACAUAAUUUUUACGUGGACAAAGCCAUAUUCGUUGAAUCGUCAACUAUCAAUCGAUUGAAAAUGUCUCAACUACAGUUGCUGCGUGAGUUUUUAAAUGAGCGUGUAAUGGCUGCUGCUGUCGAAAUUUUUGGGGCAGUUGAGAAAACGGUAGCUGAGUACCAAGAGGAAAAUGAUCGUCUACGGAGACUGCUGCGGAUAGAUUCCUUGCAGCUCUCUCUCGCUGUCUCUGAAGAGGAGGUUCUCCCUGAGCAUCAGCAUUGUGAGCAGGAGUGGAGCUUCAGUCUGGGACAGGGGAACACUGAAGCCACACAGAUUAAAGAGGAAGAGGAGCAAAUCAGUCAGGAGGAAGAACAGCUUCAAGAGCUCUUUGAUACCAAAAACACAAUUUUCACUCCUGCCUGUAUGACAAGUAAAUGUGAUCAGGUGGACCCCUUGACUCCUCCUCAAAUCCAGACUUUGGAGAACAGAGAGUGUGACCCGAAACAAGUGAAUCUCACACCUUUUGGCACUGUGACUCAGCUAAAAGCUCUCAACAUUCCCUGUGACCCUCCAAAUAAUCAAAACAAUGCAUCCAGCCACAGCACAGCCGAAAGCAGUGACCCAAUAGGACGCGACAGCAGCCCAACAUUAGAUCCCAGCCCACCAUUGAGUCACAACCCACCAUUUAAGAAACACAGAUCCAAACCCAGCAACACAGCUAUAAAAACUCUCCGCUGCUGUGACUGUGGUGAAACAUUUGCUCUAAAAGCUGACCUGCAGAUGCAUGUGACUCUCGCCAAGAAGCCCAGUAAAUGCCAAUUCUGCAAACAUUUCUACAUAUCUACCUGUAAACUGAAGGCCCAUGUCAGACUGUGUCACGAUGGGAAAACCAGCACCUUCCCCUAUUUUGGAAAGACCUUCAAACUAGAAGGAGAUCUGUCCAAGCACAUGAUUCACACAGGAGAGAAACGAUUUAGCUGUGGUGACUGUGGGAAGAGCUUUAAUCGCAAGGGGAAUCUAACCCAACAUAUAUUGACUCACACAGGGGAGAAAUCAUUUAGUUGUGGUGACUGUGGGAAAAGUUUCAGUCUCAAGAGGAACCUAACCGAACAUGUUCGGACUCACACAGGGGAGAAGCCAUUUAGCUGUAGUGACUGUGGGAAGAGUUUCAAACAGAAGGGACACCUAACCAUGCAUAAACUGACUCACACAGGAGAGAAACCAUUUAGCUGUGGUGACUGUGGGAAGAGCUUCAAUCGCAAGCAGCCCCUAAACAUGCAUAAACUGACUCACACAGGAGAGAAACCAUUUAGCUGUGAUGACUGUGGGAAAAGUUUUAAUUUGAAGGACUCCCUAAAGAAACAUAAAUUUACUCACACAGGAGAGAAACCCUUUAGUUGUGGUGACUGUGGGAAAAGCUUCUGUCAGAAGGGGCAUCUGAACGUGCACAAACGGACUCAUACUGAUUCACACAACAGAGAAACCAUUUAGCUGUGGGAAAAGCUUUAGUGUCAAGGGGAACCUAACCAUGCACGAACUGACUGCUGCUCAGGCUAUGAUUCAGUCGUAAGGCUCAGCUGCUGAAACAUAUGAAUAAAGUCCACAAGGAAAGAGAACUGGGCUAAAACAGGAAGAAAAAAAUUUGGGAGAGAUCUUCGGUUGACGUUUAUUUGGAUGAGUAUUGUCCUUGAUGCAGAACUGAGCAAUUUCCUCUAGAUGGGCCAGCUGCAAAGUCAAAAUUGGCUAUAUUGUAAAAAUGUAUGAAAACAGAAAUGUAAAGUUAGCUUUAAAAUCAGAUUUUUAUGACUUUGUGACUGUGCCAGCUAGUGACCACUCUGCAGAGCUGCCUCCAGAAUAAGAUUCAUGAUGGAAAAAACACUAACCUGCACCUGAAGAUGGAAACUUAAAAGUCAGGGUUUGGACAAAGAAAGGAAAGUAAACUCUGCAUAAUACAUGCUCUAGAUGUGUGAUAGAUGUAAUUUUGUAAAACGUUCUAUGGGUCUAAUGAGAGCGAAUAAUUCGAAACGAAAAACAAAUUGUUUUAAAUAGGCUAUGUGUAAAUACACUUUACAGGCACCAUAAUUGCUUCCCGUGGGCAUAUAAUAUUAAAACAAAGCUGACUAUGGAGAGUUUUACGUACAUACAAACUUUUUGCAGUAGCUGAACAAAGUAUAAAUAUAAUAAUAUAAAGGGAGAUUGUCCAUUCACCGUUUUACUUUUUCCAAAUAUAAUGUUUUAUACACAGUAGCAGUCAAAAGUUUGGACACACCUACUCAUCCCAGGGUUUUGCUUUAUUUUAACUAUUUUCUAUAUUGUAGAAUAAUAGUGACGACAUCAAAACUAUGAAAUAACACAUAUGGAAUCAUGUAGUAACCAAAAAAGUGUUAAACAGAUCAAAAUAAAUAUAAAAUAUGAGUUUCUUCAAAGUACCCACCCUUUGCCUUGUCAGCUUUGCACAAUCUUGGCAUUCUCUCAACCAGCUUCAUGAGGUAAAUCAAAUUCAAAUCAAAUGUAUUUAUAUAGCUCUUCUUACAUCAGCUGAUAUCUCAAAGUGCUGUACAGAAACCCAGCAUAAAACCCCAAACAGCAAGCAAUGAACUCCAAGACUGUUGGAAAUCACUCCUGGUUGAGAGAAUGCCAAGAGUGUGCAAAGCAGUCAUCAAAGCAAAGGGUGCCUACUUUGAUUUGUUUAACACUUUUUUGGUUACUACAUGAUUCCAUAUGUGUUAUUUCAUAGUUUUCAUGUCUUCACAAUUAUUCUACAAUGUAGAAAAUAGUAAUAAAAAAAUAAAUAAAAAAAACCUUGAAUGAGUAUGUAAGACUAUUUUAAGAUAAUACCCGAUGCAGAGGACUAGAGGUCAAUAGGGAAUUAACCAUCAAUGAAAAUAGUUGUUUUUCAGUUCAACAUCUGGUUAGAAUCUGUGUAGAGGUUUCAGUCCUGGACUCAUAGCUACAUGUGGCAAGAUCUCAUUGGUCUGAAUUGUCUAUACAUUGACCCUGAAACAGGAUACUUGUUAUUUGGCCAUUGGCCCAAUUUUACUGCAAGGAAUUCUAAUUGGUCAACCACAGACUAGGGUUGAGGGUUAUACAUGACAUCCUGUCCCUUUGUUCUGUGGAGAGUCACUGAGGACAGGGAAGAAUGAUCAUCUACUUCUCAGCAUAACAACCAUGAUUUGUUCUCUUUGAAUAAACCUAUUUUUCUCCCUCCCCCUGAUUUGCUGUGGGGUCUGUGUUACUGAAGAAUAACAUCAACUGCUAACAAGUAGGUGUCCAAACCUUUGACUAGUACUGUACAAAUUGGAACCAUCCAUUACAGAUCGCAUUCACACUUCUCCAGAAGUUUAAUCAUUCUAAUAAGUUUGCUUGUCUUUUUGUUGACUUUGGUUUAAAUAAAUCUUUUUUUUUCAACAAUAAA